GGGACUCUCUGGCUCUUUGUGUGGAAAAAUAAAGAGUCCUCUUUUCAGAUAAAGAACCAUAUACUUUCCUUAAGUUCCUUCAAGUCAUCCAUUCAUUGUGCUGGAACACUCGCAAAAUCAUUCCUUUAUUAUCAACAAAGCGAGCUUCGAAUCACAUUGUUUCUUCUAUUUUCAUUCAGUCAUUUUUCUGCAGUAUUUAUUGACUCGAGAUUCCUUCGAAUUCAAGUCCCCCAUAAACAGCUCGACUAUCACAUUCUUUGCCACACAUACCUCUUCUAUAAACAAUAACACAACAGUUCAGCAGGUCUGAUCAUCAACGUCGCAAGCAAAAUACACUACACACACAAAAAAACACGAACUCAAUUCCAUCACUUCCAAGAUGCAGUUCACCAACAGCCUCGCUCUCGGAGCGGUCCUUUGCGCUUCCGUCAUUAACGCACACAUGUCAUUGACUUGGCCACUUCCCUUCCGUUCUAAACUCAACCCCAACUCCGUCCAAUCUCAAAUCGACUACAGCAUCACAGCUCCGCUCGAAGCUUCCGGUUCAAAUUUCCCUUGCAAGUACAACGACAUGGGUACAGCUGGAGGAAAAUCUGUCGUCACUUGGUCUGCAGGACAAACCGCAAACUGGACCGUUGGAACUGGUGCCAUUCACGGCGGAGGAUCUUGCCAAGUCGCACUCUCCUACGAUUCCGGAAAGACAUUUAGAGUCAUCCAUUCUUACAUUGGAAGCUGCCCCGUCGCAGUUGAUUCAAGCGCCGACUUCACUGUUCCCGCCGACGCCCCAGCCGGAGAAGCAAUGUUCGCUUGGACUUGGCAAAAUGAGGUCGGUAACCGUGAGUUUUACAUGUCCUGCGCUGCGGUCACCAUCGAAGCCACAAAGACUCGUGCUGCUCCAGCUGUCGCCUUUUCUUCCCGUCCCGAUCUCUUCCUCGUCAACCUUAACAACGGAUGCACAUCUGUGGAAAAUAAAGCCGUCAACUACCCAAAUCCAGGCCCAGAUGCAGAUGUCACCCGCAAAACUUCAGACUCGGGUACCUUUACCGGAACUUGUGGGCCUGUCAAUGGCGUUGCCUCAUCUGGCUCCGAUGCAUCGGGAUCUGCUUCGGGAAGUACAGGCGGUGAAAGCUCCAGUGCUCCAGUAGCUUCCGUGUCGUCUGCUCCAGCAGGUAGUGCACCAUACGCUUCAGUAGCUCCCGUAUCGUCUGCCCCAGCAGGUAGUGCACCAUAUGCUUCAGUACCUGUUGCUUCCCCAAGCACAACCCCAGUUUCCAUCGUAAUCCUUCCGACCAUUGCAGCCUCAUCUACACUCAGCUCGGCCACCGUCAUCGCAACAUCCGCACAGGCUUCACCGACAUCAAGCACCGCCUCUCCCUCAUCCUCAGGAACCAGCUCCGGAGCCCUUCAGGCCUCGGUCGACGGUCUCUGCUCUGCAGGAAAAACAUGUACCGGCUCCGGCUUUGGUCCAUGUUGCUCCAGAGAGGGAUUCUGUGGAAUUGGUGAUGCUUGGUGUGGUACCGGUUGUCAACCCGGCUUCGGAUCUUGUGGAAGUACUCUUAACUCAACUUCUACUGCCAAUCCCAUCAGGAAGAUCAGAGGAAGAAGUUGGAGAGUUUAAGAGAGAGACAGAGUGAUUUGGGAGGGGAGGGGAUCAAGUUAAAAUUAGAAUCUAAAGACUGCGUCUUUUUGUACGAUUAGUUAGUACUUUACUUCAAGUUUGUCAUUUUAAAUCGAGAUUUUUUGAACCUGUAUGUAAGAAUGAGACAAUGUGAUAUAAAAUAUGUACUGUGAUAUUAGUGAAGUGACAAGAGAAAUGUAGCAUGUAAAUGAUGAAUAUUUGGCAGUGUUUAUGCGCAGGACUGGGACGCAUUCAAUCUUAGAAGAAUGUUCUCUUGUUCUCUUGUUAUAGAACCUCUAGUCACUUAGGUCGAGGCGCAUCUGACGCAAAGGAUCACGGGACAUAACGAGCUUAGUAUGUGAUUUUGCUUGAACUUAUGAGACAAAAUAAAUCUGUCA